AUGUUUACCACCAAUACAGUGCAAGCUUCAACUGUCCCUACUUUGCAAUAUCAGGAACAUACUCAAAAAUCUCAAGGAAAAAAUAUUGAAAAUGUACAGCAAAAACCAGCUCAACAAAAUCAACAAACACAGCAGGAGUUCCCAACCUUUUGUUACACAACAAAUGUCAAUAUGAUUGGAAAAAUUAAUACUGGCACAACAACAGGAGCAGGGGCGGUAAACAUUGCACAGUUGACAACUAGUGAUGAUAAAACAUGUUAUAUAGCGCAACCUUUUUCAUAUAACUAUGCCUUAGUCAAUCAAAUGCAGAUUGCUCCUAAUGGAAUCCAGAACACUAUUUCUAAUAUAAGUUUUAAGUGUGAUGUUUGUGGUCUGAUGUUUGGACAUUUAACACUUUUAAAUGCCCAUAAAAGAAUACAUGCUCAAGAUACAGACAACAAUAUAACAGUAGUAGCAACAGGGGUGAGCUCUGCAAAUGAUGUAGCUAUGCCACCACAUAUACAAAUACUCUCCUCCGACCCAACUGAACCUCAACAACAUGUGCAACUGCAGGAUACAAAACCCAUUAUACUGGACAAAAUACAAAAGUGCAUCACAUGUGGUAAUGUUAUUCCCAACAAUCCAAAAAGAAAGGGACCAAAACUGAUCAGAUGUGAAAACUGUAUAGCCCAGGUCAACAUUGAACACAGGCAAAGCCAGAUGAACACAGCACAAAUAUUUGUGACAGAAGAGAAUGUCAAGUAUGAGGUGAGCGGAGUCAGCGGGGUUCAACCGAGUUCGGAUCCUCUAUCAGCUACCCAACCAAAUCAGCAACAGCAACCGCAGAAACAUUUACCAGGUCAUCAUCCCGUCAAAAAGAGAAACUUGGCUUCAGUGACAAAAUGUCAGAACUGCAAUGGCUCCGGCAUCAUAUUUGUAGGCGGCAGUAAAAACAAAAAUAAUCAACCAAACCCUGACAAAUCCUACCAUUGUAAUAUCUGUGGUGGUUCAUUUUCAAGAUAUUCGUCAUUAUGGUCUCAUAAGAAGCUGCAUUCGGGAGAGAAGAAUUUUAAAUGUGGUAUUUGUGGGAUCGCGUUUGCAAAAGCUGUGUAUCUCAAAAACCAUUCACGAAUUCAUACCGGAGAAAAACCAUACAGAUGUAACACGUGCGGUAUGCAAUUUUCACAAUCACCGCAUUUGAAGAACCACGAGCGAACGCAUUCGGGAGAAAAGCCAUAUGUUUGCGAAGUGUGCGACAAAGGCUUCGCGAGACACGCUACCUUAUGGAAUCAUCGGCGUAUUCACACCGGCGAGAAACCUUACAAGUGUGACAUAUGCGGAUCAGCAUUCAGUCAAGCGGCUCAUCUUAAGAAUCAUGCUAAGGUACACUCGGGAGAAAAACCUUUCAAGUGUGACAUUUGUACAGCGGCCUUUGCAGACAGAUUUGCACUUAAGCGACACAGGGGAAUACAUGACAAAUACGGACAAACUGCACCCUUACCUUCAAAAUUACAUCAGAAUCAGCUAGAACAGCAGCAAGCGACACAGUUGCAGACAAUAGCCACCAACCAACAGCAGCAGCCUACUACACAACCCGCAGUGGAAGUUGAACACUGUCCAGAACAGACACUAUGA